AUGGAGGCCACUGGACAGAGCGAACCGGUGACCCUGACGGGGCAACAGGCGACGAUUCAGCCGAUUCCUGGCAAGUUGUGUACGACUUGCUGGCGGAUGGCGACCACCGAAACCGACUUCCACCGGGAAACGACAUUUCGACGGAUCAGAGAGAAAGCUGGGUCGUGCUCCUUGUGCGCGAUCUUUCUGGCUAGGCGGCAAGUCGUGCUAGAAGCGGCUCGCGAACAGGACGAGAGGAUCGAUGAGCAUACGAUUGAUGACAAUCGGGUACAGAUCAAUGUCAGGGAUGUUGUUGCUGCAACCAGCGGCACAUAUUAUCGACUCAUCGACCUGCGCCUCGACACCGACGUCGAGCGCAUGCACUAUUAUUUUACCGUCGUUUCAUGCAAUGAUACAGACUCGAGCGCCACCUUGCCAGUAUGGCGUUCUUUCCCAACAACAAUCGACGAGAAGUAUCGACGGAUGAGAAUAUGGUUUGAUGCGUGUCGUCUGGAACACGCAGAUUGUGUACCACGAAGCCAACGUCUGCCAACAAGAUUGCUUCAGAUAGAGAAUUCUGCCGAUCCUCAACUCCGUCUCGUUGACACUGCGCGUAUGCCGGAGCAAGACGUAGUAUACGCAGCUCUAAGCUACUGCUGGGGAAGUAAUGGUGUACUACUCCGGACAACGCGCGAGAACGAACUUCAGCACCGCUCGCAGAUCCCAUAUCGUGAUUUGCCUCGAACAUUUCAAGAUGCCGUGCAGAUUGCGCAGACGCUGGACAUUGGAUACCUAUGGAUCGACUCGCUAUGCAUCCUACAAGACGACCCUGCCGAAUGGAAACGGGAAGCCACCAGGAUGGACCAAGUCUACCUGGGUGCUACACUCACGAUCGCCGCCAGUGAUGGUCACUCUGCCUCCUCUGGAUUCUUUGCGAGCCACAAAGCACCGUCAGGUAAUGAGGCUCCCGGUAGGGUGCAUCUUGCUAUUACUGGCGACGACCAGUCAGAACCGCCUCUAUUUGUUCAGGUGCAUGAUAGGGGGCUGCCGAGCCGCGGCCGGCCAGACAAAGCACUCCCUCUACUGCGGACAAGAGGGUGGACUCUGCUUGAGAGCACUUUGAGCCAGCGUGUUGUGCAUUGCUAUCGAUCUGAGCUCUACUGGCGUUGCAAUCAAGGAUGCCAGAACGAAAGCGGACUGACCGUAUCUGCCACAUGGAAUGAGCCCUGGAAUGUACCUGCGCUCGACGUGGAAAAUCAACCAAUGCACGAUGUCGACACGCUCUGGGGAAAACUUAUUGACGAUUACUCGGAGCGCAAUUUUACAUAUCCGAAAGACCGCCUGAUCGCUUUCGCUGGGCUCGUGAAUCGCUUCCGAGCAGCAACGGGCGACUCACCGUGCAUUGGGAUGUGGAAAGGAAACAUCCACCAGGAUCUGGGGUGGGCCCGUUGUGGAUCACUGGAUGGGACCUCGUUGGUCAACGAAUGUACCGAUCGGUUGCCUUCUUGGACGUGGCUGUCGUGUCCUGUAGGGGUCUGGAGUCACUGGGCAGGCGAGGUCAUAGCGCGAGGACAAUAUGCUGGUUCACAUGACUUCCACGCGCGAGUAACGAACUGGCAUACGUCUUGGGAAGGCGUCCCCUUCAAAGCAGCGCCCGAGCAUGCAUUCAUGGAGGUCCGGGGGCCGGUCGAAGGUGUCUACGUGUACACUGAAGAAGUCGCACUGAAAGAGCAGGGGCCCACACCUCGGUGCUUGAUGAAAAUGCUCUCCCGCAGCGGUGCUACUUCUUCGCGCGAGCUGCAGCCGCUGGUCAGAUGGGACACAGAGCACCGAAGACCAGCGGAGGAGUUGACUUGCCUGCAUUUGUCGACUUCUUUUUGGGAAGGUGACGACACAGUCAUGGAGACGUUCUUGUUGCUGAAGAGAGUGAACGUGAAACCUGAAACAUAUCGACGGAUUGGCAUCGGCCAAGUAGACGACUCUCCAGAUGAUAAGGCUUUCUGUAUCUCGGAAGUACGGAAGAUACGCUUGAUAUGA